UUCAAUUUGUUUCCCUUUUUCUCUCCAGUGUCUCAUUAUGAGUUUUUAUAUCCUUUGGUUGCACUGGCCAAAGCAAAUGAUUCUCUAGAGGCAAAGGAGCUCAUAAAUGAUCAUGCUUUUGCAGUAUUUGGUCACUGUUUUAUUGAGAUCUAUGUAACUAGCUUUAUAUGUUCCUUUGGCAAGGUAUUAUAUGGCACUUCAUGUCAGGAAACACAGAAAUAUCUCAGUCAGAGUCCCUGAAGAUGCUGUUGUCUUUAUACAGCUUUUUAUUUAAUAGCAGUGGCACAAACAGAAGCUCAGUUACCAAGAUACUCUUAUUACCUGAUGAUGUUGUGGUCUGGGAAGAGGUGCACUAUGGGUACCGGUCCACUAGAUCAUUCACUGUCUCUCAAGUUAGCAAGCCUAAGCGGCAAUUCACUUACUGUCAUAUGUAACAACAGCUUUAGUGGCCAAAAAAAUGUUAUUCGAUGCCCAGGUAACAUGGGAGUGAACCUCCUGAAUGAGCCAAUAAAUAAAGCCAACCACUCUGUAGUGUCUGAAUUUGUGUUCCUGGGACUUUCAAAUUCCUGGGAGAUCCAGAUUUUCAUUUUUUUCUUUUCUUGUCUUUUCUAUGUGUCCAGUAUGAUGGGAAACCUCCUCAUAGUGGUCACUGUAACCUCUGACCCUUACUUGCACUCCCCCAUGUAUUUUCUGCUGGCUAACCUCUCUGUCAUCGAUCUGAUAUUUUGCUCCAUCGCAGCACCAAAGAUGAUUUGUGAUCUUUUCAGGAAGCGGAAAGUCAUCUCUUUUGCAGGCUGUCUAGCUCAGAUCUUCUUUAGCCACGCUGUUGGGGGCACAGAGAUAGUGCUGCUUAUAGCCAUGGCCUUUGACAGAUAUGUGGCUAUAUGUAAGCCUCUCCACUACCUGACCAUCAUGAACUCGCGAAUGUGCAUUCUGAUUUUAGUGGUUGCCUGGGCCAUUGGUCUCAUUCACUCAUUCAUUCAGUUGGCUUUUGUUGUAAACUUGCCUUUCUGUGGCCCUAAUGUAUUGGACAGCUUUUAUUGUGACAUACCUCGGCUCAUCAAACUUGCUUGCACAGAUACCUAUAAAUUGGAGUUCAUGGUAACUGCUAAUAGUGGGUUCAUUUCCUUGGGUGCUUUCUUCUUGCUCAUCCUCUCUUACAUUUUCAUCCUGGCCACACUUCAGAAACACUCUUCAGAGGGUUCAUCAAAGGCUCUUUCCACUCUCACAGCUCAUGUUACUGUUGUGGUUUUAUUCUUUGGUCCACUGAUUUUUUUCUAUAUGUGGCCCUCUCCUUCAACACCUCUGGAUAAAUUUCUAGCCAUAUUUGAUGCAGUUUUGACUCCUUUUCUAAAUCCAGUCAUCUACACAUUCAGGAACAGAGAGAUGAAGAUAGCCAUUAGGAAAGUGCUCAGUCAGCUUAUGGGUUUUAGAAAAAUCACUUAAAUAGCUUUAUUGAAACACAAAAUUUCCAAGUGACUAUUGGAAGUCCCUAAUAGGCAAACCUCAUAAAGAAGGGACU